UUAUAAGCAUACCAACUGACAUGCUUUAUAAGCAAAAUCUACUGGAAUCACUUACGCUUAGCGUACAAGGUCUAGGAAAACAGUAUUUAUCGCUGCAAAACUUGACGCAAACAUUCUUUAGAAACUUCACUGCACUCAGACAGCUUGACUUAGCCGGAAAUAAUAUAAAAAUGUUGGGCGCAAAUAUCUUCGCAUCGCUAAGGCACUUGAAUUUUCUGAACUUGAGCCGUAAUGAAAUCCGUGAAUUGCCCGAAGGUCUGUUUGAAUAUCAGCCUCAACUUCUCAUACUGGAUCUGAGUCACAAUUUAUUGAAAUAUUUACCGCCACACCUUUUCGAUGACACUCCUUGGCUAUGGCAGUUAAAACUUGGUAGCAAUCAACUGCACCACACCACAAAUAUUAUGGAAAAUCUAAAAUCACUGAAUUGUCUACAGAGGCUAGACGUAAGUCAGAACCAACUGCAAACUAUUUGGAGCAUCGAGACUUCCGUCAUUAGAAUGCCAACGUUGCUGACAAAAUUCCGAUACAGCUAUGAGUGCAUGAGUUUGGCUUUAGCCGACGAUUUUAAUUAUGUUAUCAAGUUGAAACCAGAAAACUACGAAGGUGACAAGAUUAACUCAAGACUAAUCAAUUUAAGUGGCAAUCGUUUGCGUGAAUUCACUUUGGAUUGGCUUACAUGCCCUUUUGAAAUAAACCUAGAGCACAAUCUGAUUGAAAACUUUUUCGCUUCACAAAAUUUCUCCAGUACGACUGCUGAUUGUGGGGCCGAAAUCAAAAUAACUGGUAAUCCGAUCCUGUGCGAUUGUAAAUUUGCUUGGAUUUACAGUGAAAACUAUCGUUCGUUGUUCAAUGGUUCACAGUGCGUUCAGACACCAACCAAUUUCGGGCAGUUGGAACGUAAAGAACUGUGUGCUUGGGAACCAGUAAUGUGCCCCAUCGAAUGCAAUUGUUACACACAAUUUGAAUUCCUGCACAUCAAUUGCAAGGGUGCGCAGCAUAUCGAACAGCUCCCACGCCCUGAGCAAGUUGGGCUCAAGAGUUCGGUACUCGAUAUAAGCAAUAACAAUUUCAUUGCAUUGCCGCUAAACACCACCUUCGGGUAUGGUAACGUUUCACAACUCAACGCGUCGUACAAUAAAAUCACGAGCAUAAAUAUCAGUCAACUGCCAACCAAUUUGACGGUUUUGGAUCUACGAAAUAAUCGCUUAAAUUCUUUAAAUGAUGAAUUUUUAGUUACAUACCUCAAUGACAGCACAAAACUAAAAUUUCUCUAUCUAAGUGAAAAUCCUUGGUUUUGCGACUGUUCCACGCUACAACUGCUGUACACCAUACGUACACAUCGGACACGCAUACCCGAUGCCGAACAGUUACGCUGUGUUAAUCAGCCGAACGAUACACUCCUAAUAGCAAAUGUGAAAGAAUUUUGUCCAACUCCUGUUACGAUUGAACAUAAUCAGUACUUGAUUGCAACUGUGAUUAGUGUAGCGUUAGCCAUUAUCAUUUUACUUUGCAUUAUCGCACUUUUCUAUAAAUAUAAAUUAGAAGUGAAAAUCUGGUUAUAUAACCACAACAUAUUGAAAUCUUGCAUUCGCGAAUGUGAGCUGGAUAAGCAUAAAACAUUCGAUGCGUUUAUUUCAUAUGCACACCAGGAUGCAGACUUCGUCAACCAUACAUUGCUGCCGCAACUCGAACAGUGCGAACCACCAUUUCGUGUAUGCACGCACGAACGCAAUUGGCUGGCUGGUGCUUAUAUACCUGAACAAAUCAUCGAAUCGGUGGAACAGUCGCGUCGCACGAUCAUUGUGCUCUCACAGCACUUCAUCGAGUCGGAUUGGGCGCGCAUGGAGUUUCGCACAGCGCAUCAGUGCUCGUUGAACGAAGGUCGUGCGCGCAUAAUAAUGAUUAAGUAUGGAGAAAUCUCAAAAAGCGAGUUACUGGACAGAGAAUUAAAGGCAUAUUUGGACAUGAAUACAUAUCUCGAUUGGCAAGAUCUCAGAUUUUGGGACAAAUUACGCUACGCCAUGCCACAUAAAGUGGGUGGAGAAAGGAAUUCCGAAAUGCUAAAUAUUAACGGCAGAAUGUAUGUUAUGGGACAAGUUGAAAUGCAUCGUUUGAGUGAGGAAAUUGUUUAAAUUUGUCACUGUUGGUUUGUGGUAAAGCAAUUGGUUGCAGAAUGUUACUACGUGAAAUCUUCCGAUUCUUCUGUGAUACAAAGAGUUAAUCAAAAUGUCGCCACUAAGAGAAAGAUGAAGAUAAUCUUGGCCACCCUACUUAUCAAGCAAUGGUGAUCGCACAAACUCUUCAAUUCCAUUUUAUUAUAUCUCAAGUAACUAUUAAUAAUUUUUCCUGUAAAAUUAAUU